CGGUGGGGACUGCAGUGUAUUUGCUGGAAGGGGAGAUUCCGGAACAACCACCUGUGCAGGAUGAUGGGGGUGAGGACGAGGAUGAGGAAGAUGAGGAUGAGACAGAUGGUUCAGGUGCGGCAGGUGGUGCUGGUGUUGCAGACGAGGCAAGUGAUGCAGUUGAUGCAGGUGCUGAUGCUUGUUUACCCCCCUGGUGGGCGCCUCUGUUUGAGUCGUCAAUGGAGCCGGGGGAGGACCAAGGGGAGCAGCAAGCAGUGAGUCAGGCACAGGGGCAGGCGCACUGGCAGCAGCUGCUGCAGCAGUGGACUGAGGAGAGAUACGGGCAGAGACAGGCGGGGGCAGGGGAGGAACAGGAGCAACGUGAGGAAGGCGAUGAUAGUGAUGACAGUGAUGACCCUGAUGCAGCAGAGUGGACUGAGUCACAUGCAGAAUCACCUACAACAUCGCAUGGGAAGCCACACACAGAGGCACAUGGGAAGUGGGCACAUGGGAGGGGAAAGGGAGUGCUGAUAGCGGACCUGGUGGAGGAAGGGCAGCGGAUCACUGUGGCUGCUGGGGGCAGGGGAGGGCGGGGCAACGCGUCCGUGGGGCGAGUCAAACUGUGGGAGAGCGAGGAGGGUGCUUUGAAUACAGGCAAACGGGGGGGAAGCGGUCCCAGGGAACCGACAGCAGCAGCAGCAGAAGCUGACCCGUCUUACGAGAAGGGCACAGCAGGCAGCAAGGCAGCAGUAUCCCUGGAGCUGAAGACUGUGGCAGAUGUGGGCCUCGUGGGCCUGCCCAACGCAGGCAAGAGCAGCCUUCUGCGGGCGCUGUCCCGCGCCAAGCCUAGGGUGGGGUGGCACCCGUUCACCACGCUACACCCGCAGCUAGGGACUGUGGAAGGGGCAAAGGGCGGGGACUAUGGGGACUGGGGGGGGGUUUGGGGGCGGGAGUGGGAUUAUACUUUCACGGUGGCUGACAUCCCCGGGCUGAUAGGCGGUGCGCACAGGGACAGGGGCCUGGGGCUCUCGUUCCUGCGCCACGUGGAGCGCACCUGGGUGAUCGUCUACGUGCUCGAUAUGAGCGGUGCAACUACUGUGUCAGGUGAACCCGCCUCAUCUCAACCCGGCUCAACAGAGGCAGGCUCAACGGAGGCAGGCUCAACUGAGGCAGGCUCAGCAGCACGCGCAGGAGACGGAGCGCACAUUUCCCCUUCCAGGGCGGUGUCAGCAGGCGCCCUGCCCCCCUGGGAGCAGCUGCAGGUGCUGGUGGGCGAGCUGGAGCGGUACCAGCCCGGGCUGUCCCUGCGCCCAGCUCUCAUAGUGGCAAAUAAGAUGGACGAGGAUGCAGCAGAGGGGAACUUAGUGGAGCUGAAGCGACGGCUAGCGGGGAGGGGGCUGCGGAAGGGAGGGUGUGAAGGGGGACACAGUGUCGGCAGUGCUGGUGCUGCUGGUGCCAGGAGUGGCGGUGAAGAGGUGGGCCUGUCGGUGCGUGUUGUGCCAGUGUGUGCGGUGCUGGAGGAGGGGGUGCCUGCGCUGAAGAGGGUGCUGCGGCGCAUGGUGUGGGGGCGGAUGGGGUGGUAGGGUAACAAGUGACAAGCACACUUCAAGUGGCAGUGCUGGGUUGGGGGGUGUACACUGACUGCUGGUGCCUGUUGCGCAUGGUGUGGAGGUGCAUGGUGUGGGGACGCAUGGUGCCGCAUGGUGUGGGGGGCACGCAUGGUGUGGGGACGCAUGGAGUGGGGAUGCAUGGAGUGGGGAUCCGGGCUCAAAUUUGAAGGGUGUUGCACCCUGAUUACCCUUGCCAGCGGCCACUUUUUCAGGAUUACCCUCAAGGCGUAUUCCUGCGGUAGCAUCAGAACCAGAAUCGAAUUCCGACUUGCACGGUACAGUGAGGUGCAAGAGCGAAAUGAGCAGUCUAAGGGCGAAAUCCUACAUUGUUGAUCCUGAUCAAUAAUGGUUUUUUAUCCUG